GUCAACAUGGUACAGCUCCUCGCCCGCCAUGUCUCUUUCCAACUGUUCAAUUUCAAACUCCCUCUUCUAUCAACGCAUUCGCUGCACUCGUUCUCACCCUUCCACUUCUUUAACUCUGUAAUGCCUCUUUUUCAAUGCCAUCGUCAUCAAUGUCUCUUCUCUUCCUCCUCCUCCUCCUCCUCCUCGCUUUCUCACGGCCUCACCUAUCUGCAAACAACGCGCCUUGCCCCCUCAAAUUCACCAUCCUUCGCGACGUCACCGGCAGUGUCAGACUACCUCGCGAUCCCUCCACCCACUGCCAGUACGUCCGCAAUGCUCUCCAUCUUGUUCAAUCCGAUUAUCUCCGCCGCUCUGGCUUCUUCCUUCCUCCCCUCAACUCUUCUGACUCCUGUUGGCAUGAUUUCCACUCUCACACUCGUCAAUUUGACUCCAACUUUGAUAUUCGUUUCUCUUGUGGAUUUCGAACCAGCUGGAUCUCCCAGGGAUGUAUGAAUAUCACUACCCGAAAACAAUUCGAAGCCUUUGUUUCCGAGCCGGUUCUUCAAGAUGUGCAGUCGAUUUGUAGUCACUCGCUUGCGCAUAAAUCCCCUUGCGCUCUUUGUAUUACUAGCCUGGCCAAGUUGUCCGCUUUGUACUUGAGGGGACCGUCGACUGGGAAUGUCUCCAAUUGCAGGGACUAUUCAUCAAUUUAUGCCGCUGCUUUCGUCAAUCAGUAUGGUCCCACCGACACCGGGAUUGCUAAGUGCUUAUUCUCCAUGGAUCUUGAAUCUGCGAGCUCCAGUCGCAGGGUGGAGCACAUUGUUAUUGCGCUUGCUUUUGUCUUUUGUGUGUUGGGUUUGUUAUUCGUGAUUGGUGGGUUCUGGCUUUGUCAGAGAUUGAACAAGAAUAAGAAGAGAGUGAGAAAGUACAAUAUUAGCAGAACUGAGACGGUGCUCAAUUCUGGGUUGAAUUCCUUGAAUGAGAGCACCACCUUGAUCAGGUUCGCAUUUGAUGACAUUAGGAAGGCAACUAGGAACUUCAGCCUGGACAACGUAAUUGGGAGAGGAGGAUACGGGAACGUGUAUGGAGGCGUGUUACCUGAUGGGAGUGAAGUUGCAGUGAAAAGAUUCAAGAACUGUUCGGCUGCAGGGGAUGCGAGUUUCACUCACGAAGUUGAGGUCAUUGCAAGCGUGAGGCAUGUAAACCUUGUCGCCCUGAGAGGCUAUUGCACUGCCACAACUAACUUAGAGGGUCACCAGAGGAUUAUUGUCUGUGAUUUGAUGAAGAAUGGGAGUCUUCAAGAUCAUUUGUUCGGUUCUCCGGGGAAGAAACUCAGUUGGCCGACCCGUCAAAAGAUUGCACUGGGCACUGCAAGAGGAUUGGCUUAUCUGCAUUACGGGGCCCAGCCAACCAUCAUCCAUAGGGAUAUAAAAGCCAGCAAUAUACUUCUGGACGACAAGUUUGAAGCAAAAGUCGCAGACUUUGGACUUGCAAAAUUCUACUCGGAGGGAAUGACGCACAUGAGCACUAGGGUAGUUGGAACUAUGGGGUAUGUUGCCCCGGAGUAUGCAUUGUAUGGACAGUUAACGGAAAGAAGUGAUGUUUUCAGUUAUGGUGUUGUGCUUCUUGAACUCUUGAGUGGGAGAAAAGCUCUUCAAAUGGACGACGAUGGCCAACCCUCUGCUCUCGCUGAUUGGGCCUGGUCACUGGUUAGAACAGGUCGACCUUUGGAUGUAAUUGAAGUUGGGAUGCCAGAAACUGGUGCACCACAGGUUAUGGAGAAAUAUGUGUUGGUUGCUGUAGUUUGUUCUCACCCACAGUUAUAUGCGAGGCCGACAAUGGACCAGGUGAUGAGGAUGUUGGAGUCAGAUGAAUCAGUACCGGCUAUUCCUCAGAGACCCAUUCCUCUGGUUGCUAGGAGGACUGAUGUUGAGAGAGCUACCAGCAGUUGUACAUUUGAGGGUGACCAUCAUUCUUUUAAUUCUAAGAAUGAAAAUGAACCAAGUUGAGGAUCCAGAAUCAUGAGUGUAUAUAACUGUACUCCCCGGGUUGGUUUCAAUGUGAUUAGUUUUUUUCCUUUUUUUCCCUAAAAUAAUAUUGGAUUGCUGGUUGCCGGAAGCAUUGUAUGUAGAGAAGGCAAAACAUGUGCUCUUAGAACUCUAAUGGAAGCAAGAGUCGGCUCUUUCUUUGUC